CUUCCUCUUAACUUUCCCUCCUCUCUCAAACCCUAGUUCUUCGUAGCCAGCCACACCAAGUUCGGCCGUCACAGACUUUUCUCACCGUUUUCAUCUUACCAAAGAUGGUGAAACCGGCGCUGCUGUCAACAAUCGCGUCGCUCUCCUUCCUGGUCUUGGGAUACGAUUUUGCGACCUAUCGGUACGGCUGGCGAUUAAUAGCGGAAAAUACGGGAUCCGGAGCUCGCCACCUCACCAUACUGGUGGCCGUCCAUCACUUCGCCGCCAUCUUGAGUGCGACGGCGGCGGGGGUUUGUGCCGACUUCAUCGGCAGGAGAUACCCUCUGGCGGCGGCUGGCGCGCUGUUCUGCGUCGGCAACGUGUUCAAGUGCUGCGCCACCAGGUCGUACGGCAUUCUUCUGUCCGGCCAGCUGUUCGCCGGCCUGGGUGCCGGAGUAGCCCUCACGGUUGCUCCGCUGUACAUCGCUGAGCAGGCUCCGUACUCCCGACGUGGACAGUACACGUCACUUCCAGAGAUGUGGAGGAAUGUGGGAGUCCUGGUGGGCUACCUUAUCUUCAACAAGCUCGCACUUACUACACCGGACCGCAUCGCACAGACGUGGUUUUUUGUGAUCCCAAUCGUGCCAUCGAUUCUGCUCACUAUAGCAAUGGUGGUGAUGCCGGAAUCCCCUCACUGGCUCAUCAUAGCCAGGAUGAGGGUCGACGAGGCGAAGCAGAUCAUGGAACGCGGCGAGAAAAGCGCAGCUGAGAUCGACCGCAUAGGAUUUCAGAUGGAAUACCUAGCGGACCACGUACCUUCGCUUCGCUUCGUGUGGAAGGACUUGGUGCGACCUCCGCUGCGCCACAUUGCCACCUCCAUCGCGCUCGUGCAGGCGCUUCGACACCUCGGGGUCGACUCCUACCUGAAGCUGGAGAGCCUGCUCACUCUCUACCAAGUCGAGGAGAAGCUGCUGACCAAAGCGAACGGUGCGGUUCUGCUGGUGAAGGCGAUCUGCGCCAUGAUCUCCGUCCGCGUGGCGGACAAAGCCGGGAGCCGGUUCUUGCUGCUGGUCAGCACCGUGCUCACCGUUUUGUUUCUGCUCAUGUUUGGGCUCCCGUUGACCGACCUCCACUCCCCUCCUCAAGUCUAUCACGGGAGCACCAAGGUACUCAGCCUGGCGGCGUUCGGCGGGAUCAUGGGCUCGUUCGAGUUCGGGCUAGGGCCCAUGGUGUUGGUCUACACGAGCGAGGCGUUCCUCUACCGAGCCCGAGCUCAGGGAGUUAGCUUCGGGGUUGUCGUCGGCCAGAUCGUCGAAGUAUGCAUGUACUUUGUUUUAGGUCGUUUGAUAGCGCCACUCGGCAUCGGCGGCGUGUAUGUUUUGCUUGCCGGCCUAAUGGCUCUCGGGCUCGUGUUCUGCUGGCGGACUGUUAAGGACAAAGCUGAAGAAAUUCUUGUGUGAUUGUUAAUCUUAAUUAGUGAUAUAUAUUGUAAGUUGAAAAUAAGUGAAUUUCUUCCGAUUGGAAUAAUAACAUUACGCGCGUCCCUUUCAACAA